GAAGAAGGAAAACAGAACAAGACUACAAUACACAUCAUGAAGACAGAAGUCUCUCAUAAUCAGAGUCUGAAAAAAUCCAGGCUCCUGUUAUGUUUGUCUAGCAGUAAUUAUGGAAGUAAAGGGAAGAGGACUUCGGUAAUAUCCCAUCCUGGGGUCCCAUUAGUGGGACUGAUUUUGUUGGCGACCUUUCCUUUUGGAGCUAGCAUCAAGCAGAGUGUCCCGAGGGUCAAACUCAGCCACAGAGAAUUAAUGCAGGCUAGCAGUGUAUCUCUGUUUCUGGGCCCGGUCGACGGCCUGCACUCCCACUCGCUGCUGUUGGAUGAGGAGAGGGGUCGUCUCUUGUUGGGAGCGAGGGAUCACGUCUACCUUCUUGACCCCGACAAUCUGGCCAAAGCCCCAAGAAAGAUCCACUGGCCUGCUCAGAGGGACAGAGUGGAAACAUGCAAACUGGCUGGCAAAAAUGCAAAUCAGGAAUGUGCUAACUUUAUCAGAGUCCUCCACAAUUACAACCAAACACAUGUCUAUGCCUGUGGGACGGGAGCCUUCCACCCGACCUGUGCUUUCAUUCAAACCACUGGCCGCAGAGAGGAUGGUGUGUUCCAGCUGCUGUCUAAUACAGUUGAGUCUGGCAGGUUAAAAUGUCCCUUUGAUCCCAUGCAGCAGUUUACCUCAGUCCUCUCAGAUCAGUACCUGUAUGUGGGCACAUCCUCAGAUUUCCUGGGAAAAGACACAACAUUCACACGCUCCCUCGGGCCUCCACCUGACCAGCACUACAUACGCACUGACAUCUCCGAAGACUACUGGAUCAAUGAGGCCAGGUUUAUUUCUGCUCAUCCUAUUGCUGACACGUACAAUCCAGAUGACGAUAAGAUAUACUUUUUCUUCCGCGAGGUGUCAUGGGAGGGCAAUGACAAGAGCAUCCUGUCCCGAGUGGCUCGUGUGUGUAAGAAUGAUGGUGGAGGGCUGAGGAGUCUCACCAAUAAAUGGACAACCUUUCUCAAAGCCAGGCUUGUGUGUUCUGUCCCUGGACCAGAUGGUGUGGACACACACUUUGAUGAGCUCCAGGACAUAUUUCUGCUCACCACCAGAGAUGACAAAAAUCCAGUAAUAUACGCAGUCUUCACCACUUCCAGUUCUAUUUUCCGUGGCUCAGCAGUAUGUGUGUACAGCAUGGCAGACAUAAGGGCUGCUUUUAACGGACCUUACGCCCACAAGGAGGGGCCCGAUCACCGAUGGACAGAGUACGAGGGGAGAAUACCAUAUCCCCGUCCUGGAACGUGUCCCAGCAAGACGUAUGAUCCGAGGAUUAAGACCACUAAAGACUUCCCGGAUGACGUCAUCAGCUUCAUUCGAUACCACCCUCUGAUGUUCCGUUCUGUGUACCCUCUGACCGGAAGGCCUGUGUUCACACGGGUCCGAGUAGACUACACUCUGACUCAUAUCGUGGUGGACAGAGUUUUGGCAGAUGAUGGGCAGUAUGAGGUCAUGUUUCUGGGAACAGAUGCUGGCUCAGUUCUGAAGGUUGUUAGUAUCACUCAAGAAAACUGGUCAACAGAAGAAGUGAUCCUUGAGGAGCUCCAGGUUUUCCAGGGUUCUUCGCCCAUUCUGAGUAUGGAGAUAUCUUCCAAACAGAAACAGCUGUACGUUGGAUCGAAUGAGGGCUUGGCCCAGGUUUCACUCAGCAGAUGUCACCUGUACGGUCAGGCUUGUGCAGAAUGCUGCCUGGCACGAGACCCCUACUGUGCCUGGGACGGACACACAUGCUCUCAAUACAUCCCUGCAUAUAAGAGGAGAGCCAGAAGGCAGGACAUCAAGCAUGGAGACCCAGCGAGCCAGUGCUGGGACACACAAGACAGUCUUGGCGGAGGACAAGUGGAGGACAAAGUUAUCUUUGGAGUUGAGAGCAACUCCUCCUUCCUCGAGUGUAUCCCCAAAUCCCAACAAGCACAGAUCCGGUGGUACAUCCAAAGACCUGGAACUGAUCACAGGGAAGAGGUCCGACUGGAUGAUCGUGUCGUACGCAUAGAUCGAGGACUUCUGAUUCGCAGGCUCCACACUUCUGAUGCCGGCGUGUACAUCUGUGUGGCUCAGGAGCACACGCACUUCACCUAUACCCUCCUCCGCAUCACGCUACAGCUCGUGACACAUGGACAACUUGACAGAAAAGUCAGGCUCAGCGAAGACCCCCCAGCGGAGUCACACCAUGGAGCAGAGUCCCGUCAGCGCUACAAAGACUACAUGAGGGUCAUGAGUGCUCCCUUCCGCUCCCUGGAAGAGUACUGCGAUUCACUAUGGCUGAAUAAAAGGUCGUCGAGGGUGCGUGGACGGGUUUUAGGAACCGGGAAAUGGAAACACAUUCAGGAAAUAAAGAAGAGCAGGAACAGGAGACACCACAGAGAAAGGGAGGAAGAGAAGAUUGUGCGAGAGCAGUGA